GCGGGGUGUGCCAGGAGGAAUACCGCGCACUCGUAUUUUAAGGUCAAUAGGGGAGGGGGGGAAAGAGCCAACAAAUAGAACGAAUCAGUUGGAAGUUUUCAGAAAACCCAGGGAAUAUUAAAAGUGUUUCAAAGUAAUCUUUAAUACAACAAGCGGGGACCGACGUAUCUGGCUCCUGAAGUUACAGUAUCGGAUUGCAUGCCUUGGCCGCUGCAGCUGAUCGUUGGACGGUUUUGUUGAAGCACCGAUCGCGGAGCGGCGGAGAGCUGGGUUGCAGCUGAGACAUGGCGCUGACGCUGCUGCCGCCUGCGUGGAGGAGCAGAGCGGUUUAAAAACGGCAUCAAGACCGCCCUUCUGAGGGCUCUCACUCCGGGGAGGAAUCGGGAAGGGAGUCCGGGGAAAGAGGAAAGGAUAACAAGGAGCUCGGGCCGUGGAGAGUGGAAGCACGAUCCAGACUGUGUGUGCAUUGCAUUGCAUAGCUAGCGAAGGAUUCCCACUGUGGAAACCUAGAGAGCGAGCCGCGGGAGGAGCGUGAAAACGAGACAGACUGGCUGGCAGAAUCGCGCAUUGUUUAUUUGUUGGAGAGACACUCUCUGCAUUACUCAAUCGAGUAAGGAAGCAAAGUUCUGAAACUGUGGGAGACACACAUCUCAACCGCGUUGGGGUGAAAGGUUUUCUUUGUACAGUGCUGAUCUCCGUGGACGCUGACAGUGAGGUUACAUGUGCCUGAGGCAAUUGUGGCCAUUUGGAAGGAAGCUGGACUGAGGGACGGUUUCAUAUCGCAAGGACAGGGGCUGGAGACCUGCAUCGUUCCUGAUGGAUCUCAGACUGGGUUCAAUACUGCUUGGGACGCUGCUGGUCGUUCUGACCUCACUGGUCACUCGAACCACAGGGCAGAAAAUUUACACCAACACGUGGGCGGUCCAUGUGAAUGGGGGAGUGGAGGAAGCUGACCGGAUAGCCAGUAAACAUGGGUUUAUUAACCACGGGAUUAUAUUUGGAGAGUAUUAUCACUUCCAGCACCGUGCAGUGGUGAAGAGGUCACUGUUGGAACACGGAUCCCGUCACCUCAAGCUGCAAAAAGAACCGCAGGUGGUUUGGGCAGAACAGCAAGUCGUGAAGAAAAGGAAGAAGAGAGAUAUUUACUCCGAACUGUCUGAUCCCAAAUUUUCAGAGCAGUGGUACCUGUACAAUGCAAACCAGCAUGACCUGAACGCCCGAGGCGCCUGGCAGCAGGGAUACACUGGCAAGGGGGUGGUGGUGUCCAUCCUGGACGAUGGCAUUGAGAAGGACCACCCUGACCUGAUUGAGAACUAUGAUCCGGAAGCCAGUUACGACGUGAACGACAAGGACCCUGAUCCACAGCCCCGAUACACGCAGCUGAACGAUAACAGGCACGGGACCCGCUGUGCUGGGGAGGUGGCAGCAGCAGCUAACAACGGGAUCUGUGGAGUCGGAGUGGCUUUCAACUCCAAGAUUGGGGGUGUGCGCAUGCUAGAUGGAGAGGUGACGGAUGCAGUCGAAGCCCAGUCUCUCAGCUUCAACCCCAAUCACAUCCACAUCUACAGCGCCAGCUGGGGCCCCGAGGAUGAUGGGAAGACUGUGGACGGCCCUGCCAAGCUGGCGAAGGAGGCGUUCGAGCACGGAGUCUCUGAGGGUCGAGAUGGGCUGGGAUCCAUCUUCGUGUGGGCGUCGGGUAACGGAGGUCGGGAGCAUGACAGCUGUAACUGCGACGGCUACACCAACAGCAUCUACACCCUGUCAAUCAGCAGCAGCACACAGUACGGGAACGUGCCCUGGUACAGCGAGGCCUGCUCCUCCACGCUCGCCACGACGUACAGCAGCGGGAACCUCAAUGAGAAGCAGAUUGUCACCACUGAUCUGAGACAGAAGUGCACAGAUUCCCACACCGGGACCUCUGCCUCCGCCCCCCUCGCAGCUGGGAUCAUUGCACUCGCCCUGGAGGCUAAUAUGAACCUGACCUGGAGGGACAUGCAGCACCUGGUUGUGAGAACCUCUCGCCCCGCCCACCUCAACACCAACGACUGGAAAACCAAUGGCGUGGGCCGCAAAGUGAGUCACUCGUAUGGCUAUGGGCUGCUGGACGCCGGUGCCAUGGUCACUCUGGCCCGGAACUGGACCAACGUGGAGCCGCAGCACAAGUGUGUGAUCGAGCUGCUCUCAGAGCCCAGGGAUAUUGGGAAUCGGCUGGUCAUCACUCAGAAGGUGGAUGCCUGCUUUGGGAUGUCUAACUACGUGAGCUCGCUGGAGCACGCCCAGGCACAGCUCACUCUGUCAUACAACCGGCGUGGAGACCUGGCUGUGUACCUCAUCAGCCCCAAGGGCACCCGCUCCACCCUCCUCUCCCCCAGACCUCACGAUUACUCCUCGGAGGGGUUUAACGACUGGGCAUUCAUGACCACCCACUCCUGGGACGAGGACCCUCGUGGGGAGUGGACACUGGAGAUAGAGAAUGCUUCCGGAGCCAGCAACUAUGGCACCCUGAGGAAGUUCACCCUGGUUCUGUACGGGACCGGCUCAAACACCCCGAACUUCUCCACAUCCAACUCCAGCCAGCCCAGGAGCAGCAGCUGCAAAACCUUCAACGUCAACCAGAUCUGUAUAGAGUGUAGCCCAGGAUCCUUCCUGUUCCAGCAGGGCUGCGUGAGGGAGUGUCCUCCUGGAAUGACACCCGGAACAAAAUCCUCCGACACCCCCCUUGAUAACUGGUCCGAGCCGUCCCUUGUGCAAGCGUGCCUCCAAUGCCACACCACCUGCCUCACCUGUCAAGGGCCGGGCCCCACAGACUGCCUGUCCUGUCCGCCUCACAAUCACCUCAACCCUGCCUCGGGAACCUGCGCUCACCAGAACCAGAUCCAGCGGGAGUCCCCUGACUCCCCUGUGGGGAGCAGCAGCAGCACUGACAGUAGCUCCUUCUUGGAGCUGUCCUCUCACUUGCCCAUCGUCUUGGCUGUGCUGAGCUGUGCCUUCAUCGUCGCCUCCUUUGUGGGAGUCUUCCUGAUGCUUCAGAUCUGCUCUGGCAACUCCCCCUGGGGGAUGCAGAACAAACUGCGCUCCCUGGAGUCCAUGGGGGGUGUCGGGGGGCUGGGCCUGGGCCGGGGAGGGAUCAUCUCAUACAAGGGCAUCCCCUCGGGGGUGUGGAAGGAGGACGAGGCCUUCUCAGAUACAGACGAGGAAUUCGAUUUUCACGAGAGGACUGCCUUCAUCAAAACACAAAGUGCCCUUUAACCAAACUCCUUUCUUUCUUUCUUUCUUUCUUUCUUUCUUUUUCACAGCCACCAUUUCAUACAUGGCUCCAAUUAAUUCUUGAUAGGGGUGCUGGGGGAGAACAUGGCUUCAAAAAGUGGUAGAGAGAUAGGAAUUUAACUGCUCAAUUAUGGGCUGACCUCCCCCUUUUCCAGGUCAAAGGGAUCUAGCUGUAUUGCUCUAGCCUUCAUAUUCCACGUGUGAAGGGGGUUGCUUUCCUCACUGGUCCUUGCCUGUAAUUUCACUACAAAUAACCCUCCUCUCCCUGAAGCUGUUCUCCUCUUUCAUGGUGAUGGCAGAGCCCGUGGUUUCUGUUCUUGAUCGGACUACAAAGGCUGCUUCGUGGAGCGUCCCUCUGCCCUGGCAAAGCUUUGACUAGUGCUAGUCGGAGUUACAUUAAAUUGUGUGUGCGUAUGUAUGUGUGUGAAUAUAUAUAUUUAUACAUUUGAAUGUAUUGCACACAGUGCUUGUACUUCCUGCAAAAUAUAGACCUGUAUCUAGCUGCAGCAAAGCCAUACUAGUGUACACUUCUAAAUAUAUAUAAAUGCCUACAUGUGGAACACAAGGAACAACCUCACACUGCUGUUAAAGCUGCUUCUAGUCUGUCAAUUUGUGUUAUUUAUCUUUUCCUAGUGCACACUAUUCAUUACUGUUCAUUGUUUUGCUAAAUGUAUAUCACAGAACACAAACCCUAUCUAAUUUAUUGAACGCACUCAUACAUGCGCAUACCUUGAUCACCGUGGGGCAACGGGAGCAUCUGCAUAUUUUAAUACAUCAAUAAUGAAAUCCAUCAUUUUUUUGUUCUCGCUCAUCAGUCCUAUCCAGUUGAUUUACCUAAGCAAUGGAAAUGUAGCACCAGUGUGGGGAUUCUCAUUGAUACAUUUUGAAAAUAGUGUGUGUAAUUGUAAUUGACUGUUCGAUACAAUGGAGACAUUUGUGGUGGUGUGUAUGUGAGCGUCUCCAUUCCGGGGGGGUAACCUGAUGCUGCUCCCCCCCCCCCCCCCCCCCUUGUCUGUCUAUUCCUUUCCUAAUCAGAGCUGCUGAUCGCGGUGAUUCCCAUCCUGUAAUAAAGAAUUCGAGGCCUAGUCUUUAACAGUAGCUCUAAACAAACACAACAGGAGAGGGAGGGGAGAAAGCUGCAAUUCAUUAGAGUGCAUAAUCCUGCUUUAUUGUGUCUCGGGAGAGGAUUAGAAAGGAAGUGUGGGGGGGGGGGGGGUUCCUUUUUUUUUCCUAUACAUAGAGGGACAGUUCUUAUCACCUGUGUUUUUGUGGAAGAGAAGUCUCUUUAGUUUAGAAUUAGUAUCAAACAACUUUUGAUUCCUUAAAUGUAUGAUCUUGACCGUUGGAUUUGUUUUAAUGGGGGGAGGAGAUUUCCCUUUGACAAAACAGGAUGCAAGUUUCCAGAUUUUGGCUGGAACUUUAGUGCCUGAAACAGUGUGGGGUCUUUGCUUUGGAGUCCAAGGCUGCCGUUGGAGAGGAGGGGACGGUGCAGAGAAUGAGAAGUCCAGCACCGUCCUUGACCUAAAGCUGUUGCUUCUGAGCUCGCGGUCACUUCUGCUAAAAUGACGUCCUCUUUCCAAACUAACUUUAAAUGCAGCAAAUUUUAUAAUCCCAAGAGAAACCCCCCUAAUGACUUGUUUAAUUGACCAGGGCUCUAUAUAUUGUGUGCGUGAGCAUCUACAAAGACUGCUACUGUCUGGCUCCGGUUCUGUGCUGUGCCCUUUUCAAACUCCUUGGCUUUGAUUCUAAGCUUAUGUCUCUGAGAAUCAAGCCAGCCUUCUUUCUGUGUAUGAUUCUCAUGGUGAGAUUGGCUCUCUCUCUCUCUCUCUCUCUCGGAAUACCUUUGGGCUGGUGAUUUAUAAUACAAUUAUGUAUGACCUGCCUGAGAUUUAAAAAAAAAAAAAAAAAAAAAAAAAGUCCUAUUUUUGUACUAUCUAUGGUGCACAGUAAUUCUUGUAUUUUUGUGUAAUUUAAAUUUUUGCUCAUGUUUUUUUUUUUUCUCCUUUAUUUAAUGGAUGUGGAUAUGCUGAUUUAAAAAUGGAUUCUAAGUGAAAUAAAAUAUAUCAAUUUAUGCAAACAA